UUUGUUUGUUGUUUGUUCUUGGGGGCCUGAGAGGGCUCCAGUGCGACCCAUGCCCAAAGAAUGAUCCAACCUCUCCCGGGAGGUUCGCAUCCGUUCACACUGGGCGAGGCUGGAAGUUGUUCGUGUGGCAUCCACGCGCUGUGUGCGCGCGGCGCUGGCGCACAGUGGCACCGUUGGCUCUUCUAACCGAAAUGGAGACUAAGUGAAGCCCGGGAGACUUGGGAUCUCGACCGCGCCUUUCUGGGGCUUCUCUGGAGCUUCUAGAAGGGGGGGGGAGGGUCGGCGAAGGCAACUGCCACCAGCACCUGCCUUGGCGAGAACCAAAGGAACAGGGAGCGCGGCCUCUUUUGGAGAGGCACGCAGAGCUACGCUCCCAGGCGGUGGGACGGCUUGAAGGCGCUGCUGCUGCUGCUGCUGCUGCUGCCGCCUUCGAGGAGGGCUUUGCGGUGGGUCGGCCAGCCAGGCUGCGGUUGGACUGGUGGGGGCAGGCAGAGAGGAGCCUCGGGGGCGGGGAUCGAGGGACUCAAAAGUGCGAGCAGAGGCAGCGUGCGCGCAAGGCUGAGCCCGAGAGCAGGAGGUCUCCAUCGCGGUGCCGGCUUCUCCAGACCUGCCCCGACGUGCUGUCCUCCGCCGUGCAAUGGCCUUGCUCCUCACCGCCGGCUUGCUGGGGCUUCUUCUUCUGUUGUUGUUGCUGCUGCUGGCUUCUCGCUUCGGCAGAGCGCGGCGACCGGGGGAACCUCCACUUGACAAAGGUUUCAUUCCUUGGCUUGGGCACGCGCUGGAAUUUGGCAGAGAUGCCACCAAGUUCAUGACUGACAUGAGGAAGAAGCAUGGGGAUAUUUACACAGUUCAAGCUGCAGGGAAAUUUGUCACCGUUUUACUGGACCCCCAUUCCUACGAAGCAGUGCUUUGGGAGUCACGUUCCAAGCUGGACUUUGGCCAGUAUGCCCGCAUUUUAAUGGAGCGAAUGUUUGAUGUCAAGCUGCCGGAUUACGACCCUAACACAGAAAAGGUCAUGAUGAGAAUGACUCUGCAGAACAAGAAUCUCCCCACCCUAACAAAGGCGAUGUUCUUCAACUUACGAACCAUUCUGCUUUCUGACCCAAGUAGAGCCAGCCAGCAGUGGAAAGAGGAUGGUCUGUUUCACUUCUCCUACAGUACAAUGUUCAGAGCUGGGUUCCUGACACUGUAUGGCAAUGAAGGCAAAGAUUACGAGGAUAGCAGGAAUCAAGCUAAAGACCUGGCCUUCUCCCUGGAAAUAUACACUGAGUUUUAUAAACUGGACCGCCUUUUGAUGAAAGCUGCUCGCUCCAUCUUGAGUGCAGCGGAAAAGAAGGAAAUCAACAGCAUUAGGAAGCACCUCUGGAAGUUACUAUCUGUGAGGAGACUGGAUUGCAGAGCUAACCGAAGCGUUUGGCUAGACAGCUACAAACAGCACUUGGUGGACCUUGGAGUAGAUGAAGAUAUGCAGACAAGGGCAAUGUUGUUGCAGCUCUGGAGUACUCAGAGUAAUGCAGGGCCUGCAGUUUUUUGGCUUCUCCUGUUUCUUUUAAAAUACCCUUCAGCCAUGGCAGCAGUUCAAGGUGAAAUGGAAGGAAUCUUUCGAAGUAGAAGACAAAAAAUUGGACAAAUGCCUGGAAUCAGCCAAGAGAUUUUAGACUGCACACCCAUUUUUGACAGCGCAUUGAAUGAAACGCUACGUUUGACAGCAGCUCCUUUCAUCACCAGAGAGGUCCUUCAAGACAUGCGCCUGAAACUGGCAGAUGGCAGGGAGUACAGCCUGAGAAAAGGAGAUAGGCUUUGCCUCUUUCCAUUUAUAAGCCCUCAAAUGGACCCUGAAAUUUAUGAGGAGCCAGAGAAAUUCAGAUAUGACCGAUUCCUCAAUUCGGAUGGCACAGAAAAAACAGAUUUCUAUAAAGGAGGGAAAAGCCUCAAGUAUUACUCCAUGCCAUGGGGAGCGGGAAUAAAUGUCUGUAUUGGAAAGUUCCUUGCAGUCAAUAGCAUCAAACAGUGUGUUUUCCUCCUCUUAAGCUAUUUUGAUUUGGAGCUGAAAGAUCCCAAUGCAACAAUCCCAGCCUUCAACAAGGAAAGAUACGGCUUUGGAAUGUUGCAGCCAGAGAAAGAUGUCAUCAUUCGAUAUAAACUGAAAGCUCAGUAAACUUGCACAUUUCUUCCCCUUAUCAUCAAGCUAUUCUGGAUAUCUAUUCAUGUUCUGCAAGAAAACAGCUGCUCACUGGUUUCAGAUGAAAUUUAUUUUGACAUGACAUGGGUUGCUAAGGUAUAUUUUAUAUGUUAUAGCUACAAAGAGGGCACAAUAAAUUGUUCUCUGUGGCAUCUGCAAGCUGCUCAUUUGCAAAAGCUAACCGGAUGGCUAUUGGGCCCCUUCAGACAGGUGUUUUCUGCAACAUGUCAUUGACUCAAUAACAGUGGUGAGCUUAUACCGGACCAAUCCAUACAUCAUUCUCCUUUCUUCUUUUGUGAUGCUGCCCCAAUGCCUUCUGGGGGCACUCUCUUACACUAUACUGCAACAAAAGUGGAACAUUUAAAAAACCCAACAACCUUGACAGCAUUUGAUGUAUAAAAAGUUCCAGGAUUUCAUCAGGAAACUACAGGGCACGUACCUAUUGCUAGCAAAGCAAUAUGUUUCCCCAAAACAUUUCCAUGCACAAACUAUUGAAAGUUGGAGCAUGUGUAACUGCCCUGAUACCAUCACCAUGGAUGCAUGAUAACAAAAGAAUGUCUGGAGGAGCCCUUGGUGAGUUUCACCACACCAUUGCAGGCCAAUAUGGUGUACAGUGGUACCUCGGAUUAAGAACUUAAUUCGUUCUGGAGGUCUGUUCUUAACCUGAAACUGUUCUUAACCUGAGGUACCACUUUAGCUAAUGGAGCCUCCCGCUGCUGCCACACCGCCACCACACAAUUUCUGCUCUCUGAAGCAAAUUUCUGAAGCAAAGUUCUUAACCCGGGGUACUAUUUCUGGGUUAGCGGAGUCUGUAACCUGAAGUGUCUGUAACCCAAGGCACCACUGUAUAUCCCAAAAAACUGGUGGAAAAUUGCAGGUGCCAUGUGGAACCCUUUGAAGUGAUUCCCAUGCAACAGGCACAAGAAGACAAUAAGCCCCCACUUUGAUCCACAAAUAGGGGGUCAUAGAAUUGCAGAGUUGGGAGGGACCCAACUGGUUCAUUGCCCUGCAAUGCAGGACUAUGCAACUGAUCGAACCUGCAACCUUGGCAUUAUCAGCAGGAUGCUCUAACCAACUGAGCUAGUGGCUGAAAAUAUGUUUGAUGCAAAUUUGCCAGGUUGACCUGUACUUCUUAGGUUAGUGAUUUAUGCUUUAGGGCUUUUCCGGGACUCAGAUGUCUGCAGAUUGCAGAAGGGUGAUCCAGACAGCAGACCAAGAAACUGCCAAAGCUAGCCUGAACAAAACAGGCCGAGUGUGGGUCACUCAGCAAUUGUUUUCCAAAUCCCUAGAUUUUUUUAUUUUUUUUAUCUCUUCCCCUCACUUCCUGGUCUGGUUUCCCCCCAACUUCUGUUUUAUCACCAAGGCUGCAUCUACACAGCUAUUU